AUGCAUAUCCUCCCGAACGGUUCGCGGGUCAUGUCGGCCACGCGACUUCUCGUACUCGACGGUCAGCGAGUGCUCAAGAUGUACCCUCCGCUUGUAGACGUGCAAUCCAUCGUCGACAACAUGCGUCUGGCCUCCGGUAUUCUCCCGGUGGCAAGGGUCCAUGAGUUCGGCCGCUCUGGCAACUGUGGCUAUAUCCUCAUGGACUUCAUCCAAGGCCAUGUCCUCGCUACCGUCUUCCACCAGUAUGGUGCCCACGCCGCCGCCAUUGUCGAACCGCAAAUACUGGAGAUAUCCCGUCGGUUGUCCAGCAUCGGUCUCGCUCAUAAUGACCUCGAAGAUAGGAACAUUAUAGUAGACGAUGAAUGGCGCAUCGUCGGCAUCAUCGACUGGGAUUUCAGCGCACCAGCAGUGCGAUCAACCGAUUACCGUUAUCGCUUGGAUCCCUACUCCGUGUCUGUUCAGCGCUGGUCGUAUGCCUUCCUCAGGGAUUGUGACGGUUUUGGAGCCUCCUUGGACGCCAAUCCUGUUGGAGGGACGAGUAAGCUGGGUCGUUACGGCCAGCCUCUCAUUGAUACCGCAAGACUUGGUGUCGUACCGCUGUCGCAGCGCGUAAUACGGCCUUGGUCCGACUUCCUUCAGACUCUAUACCCCUGGCCCGAUGCAUUCCGCGUUGCUCUGGUGUUAUUUGACUCUGAGCAUAUCUUAUUGCCUUUCUUGCAAAGAGAUCCCGAAGCAACACCAAAGAUUAGACUAUGCGCGGUUGUGACAGGAUGUCGGCCUUUGUCACCAUCCGUCAGGUCCCAGCUCCAUCCCCAAAGUCUCGUCGUCGAGGCCUUCCUUGGGCUUGACCACCGAACCACGCGUGAGAUGUUCAUACCGCGGGUUGCAUCGACGAAGCCGGACGCUAUCCUCAUCGUCGGUUCACGCAGUCAGUCGAUACGCAAUCUCGUGCGAGACAUUGCAUCGGUGCCGUAUUCGCUCGCAGGGCCGGACUUACCCCCAGGGCAAAAACCUCGUCGCCCACGCCCACAGGCGCUGUAUCUGUCGUCCAGUAUUCGCUCGCUCGCCGACGGGAAGACCCACGAUGUCGUGAGCGCCCUGGAGGAAUACUCUCACAACCCAGCAGUCCCUUCGAACCUUGAACUCCGCGUGCGAGUGCGCGCCCUGUUUCCUAGUCGGCCCAACGACACACCUACCUUCUUCUCGGAGAACAAGCGACUGGAUAUUCCAAGCGGCCUUCAAGCGGCUAGCCUCCGGGGUGCGCUACAGGACCAGGUGCACGCGAUUGAAGCCGGAGGAGUUCUCGCAUUGAUGGAACAUGGGGCCGAGCACCGUUAG